UCGCCUCGCCCAUUUUCCCCACGAUUCCUCUCCCCAGAGAAGCCGCGCCGCGCCGCCCCGCCUCGCCUCCAUGCCGCCUAAAGCCAAGGCGAGCCCCAAGGCCUCGCCUGCCCAGCCGACUCCCUCUGUGCCGAUCGAGGACCUCUUCACCUCCCUCCAUCGCCAUGUCCGCGACUUCGAGUACGAGCAGGCUGCCAAGGUCGCCGAUCAAGUUCUCGCGGUCGCGCCCGGGGACGAGGAUGCGUUGCGAUGCAAAGUCGUGGCUUUGAUCAAGUCCGAUGCGAUCGAAAUGGCUCUCUCCACGAUUCAGGGUUCGCGUCAUCUGCCAGUGGAUCUCAAAUUUUAUGAGGCAUACUGCUUAUAUAGGCAGAAUAAACUAUAUGAAGCCAUGAAGUUGUUAGAUGGACAAGAAAGAAACUCUGUGAUCCUGCAAUUGGAAUCUCAGAUUCUUUAUCGUUUAGGAAAAAUGGAAGCUUGCAUGGAUAGUUAUGAAAAAAUCCAAAGAUUCAAGAUUGACUCCUUAGAUUUAAAGGCAAACAUUAUUGCUGCUUUAGUGGCAGCUGGAAGGUCUGCUGAAGUUCAAGGAACCAUGGAGGCACUUAAAGUGAAAGCUGCAAGUAGCUUUGAACUUGCAUACAACUACGCCUGCUCCUUGAUUGAAAAGAAAAAAUAUGCAGAGGCUGAGCAACAAUUACUUUCAGCUCGAAGAAUUGGGCAGGAAAUGCUAAUGGAGGAAGACUAUGCAGAUGAUGAGAUAGAAUCGGAGCUAGCUCCAAUUGCCGUGCAGCUGGCCUAUGCCCAUCAGUUACAAGGACGCACUCAAGAAGCAAUAGAAGCUUAUACGGCUAUACUAAACCGUAAUCCGUCUGAUUAUCCAUCACUUGCAGUGGCUACAAAUAAUCUUGUUUCUCUACGGGGUACAAAGGAUGUUUCAGAUAGUCUGCGGAGGCUUGAUCGUCUAAUAGAGAAGGGCUCUGGUGGAAAGCAAUUCCAACUUGCUAAUGGAUUGGAUUUCAAGUUGUCUUCAAGGCAAAAAGAAUCACUAUAUUCAAACAGACUGCUUUUACUUCUUCAGGCAAAUAAGAUGGAUCAGGCUCAAGAACUAGUCGCUGUGCUGCCAGAUAUGUUCCCUGAUAGUGUAAUGCCUGUUCUACUUCAAGCUGCUUUGCAUGUUAGGGAGAAAAAAGUGGCUAAGGCCGAGGAAGUCCUCAUUCAGUACGCAAACAAGUUUCCGGACAAAUCCAUGCCAGUCCUCCUUGCUCGUGCUCAGAUUGCUGCUGCUGCUGGCCACUAUCAGAUAUCAACUGAAUCCCUAUUAAAGGUUCGUGAUAUUCAACAUAUGGCUGCCACUGUCGCGACACUGGUUUCGUUGCAAGAGCGCAUGGGUGAUUAUAAUGGUGCCGCUGGAGUUCUGGACUCUGCAAUCCAGUGGUGGAAGAAUGCCAUGACGGAAGAAAACAAACUCGAUUUGAUCAUUCACGAAGCUGCAAAUUUUAAGCUUAAUCAUGGACGCGAAGAUGAGGCCUCCCAGUUAUAUGAGAAACUCGUCAAGAGCCAUGGAAACAUUGAGGCUCUAGUAGGACUUGUGAUGACCGCUGCUCGGACUGACCUUGAGAAGGCCGAGUUAUACGAGAAGCAAUUGAAGCAACUUUCUGGUCUGAAAGGGUUGAAUGUGGAGAACCUGGAGAAAACUUCCGGUGCAAAACAUGUUGAAGGUCCACAGAUAGUGAAGGUCGAAGUUUCCGAGGACGUAAAGAAAGCAAAGUCCAAGAAAAGAAAGCGAAAGCCUAGGUACCCGAAGGGAUUCGAUCCGGCAAAUCCAGGGCCACCUCCAGAUCCUGAGAGAUGGCUACCAAAGAGAGAGAGGUCAAGCUAUAGGCCCAAGAGGAAGGAUAAGAGAAGCCAGAUUAGGGGUUCUCAGGGAGCUGUGGUUAGAGAGAAACAUGAUGCACUCACUCCGGCAACUGCAGCUUCGUCUACCAAUGGCCCGACUUCGAAACCAAGCCAAGGAUCAACUGCUGCAUCCAAAGGGGGAUCCCAAAAGCCAGCAGCUGCCUCUGAACGUCCAAAAGCUUCCGGCAAAUCGAAGAAGAAAUCUCGUUCUUAAUUUUAUUAAAUAAGACUAUCCUCGACGAAUAUUUUGAAUUUUGCUAAUUUGAUUUUUGUUUGCGAAGUUAUUGAAACUUUUCUGAAUCCAAUGGAGUUAGAGCUCAACUGUUCUGCUGAA